UAUCCCCGCUGAGCAUCACCAGUAAUCUUCGAUCGAUCCUUCCCGUAACAACCGACGAGAUUUACCCAAACAAAAUCUAAACUCCUCUCAACCCUUCGGGUAUGAUUUUUAUUCUGCCCUUACUCCACGCGGGUGAACUGUCGAAUUUAUUUUACCGACUCGAUGAUAGCGGUGGAAAAUAUCGGGACGACAGUGGAUAUCACUGGGUCCCACUGGGCCCCACUGGGAUAUUUAUUUAUUUUUUCGGGAGAAUAAAACCAAAGGCUUGAGGCAGUACUCAUUUUACGGAGGACUGCAACUCCAUGAUUUGUUCUCCAGGGGUUUUCGGAGAUGUUCCUGAGGCAUGUUGUGAUGUUGUUUAUUCUAAAAACAAUGUUUUGAUUAUAUCUGGAAGGAUUAAUGCCCGGGAACGGCGGAUAAGGAUACUUAUCCCUGCACUUUCGAGGGAACAACGAGAGAAUCUUAUCGAUACCAAUUUUCAUGUCGCAGCUGUGUUAAAAUCAAUUGGGGGCAUUGGAAACCGAUGGAAAAUCCGACCCAAUGAACUAAUUGGCUUCCAAUGAGGACCACCCGAUCAAACCUAAUUACCAUUUUAAUCCAUAAAAAAAUCUUAAUAUCUCCCCUCGAUAAUUCUCUCCCACCAGAUUCACCUCAGCGCACCAGGAGAAGCGAACUUUCCAUGUUCGCCAUAUGGCUCGCGCCGAAUGGGCCACACCACCCCGAAUAGUUCCGGAGAUGAUCGUCGAUGUGACAGAGAGAGCACCCCAGAGCUGAAUGAGGAACCUCCAAAUGUUAGACCGAGACAGCAUCCCGUCCCUUUUAGUAUGUGCACACAAGGGGGCUGGUAUAGUUGGUCGGCGCGUGCUCGAAAUCCCCCACCACCUAUUCCUCCACAAGCCGUCCUUCCCCUAAAGUACAAACUCCGCACUUCUGUUAUAACUUCGAAUGUGUGCGUAUACGAAAAACCCAACGCCAUGGCACAACCUAAACCAUCACUCCUAUCGGAUGUGUAAGAAGGAGCUCAUUCCGAAUGCGAACGCCAUGCGGCGCGUAGCACGCGACGUGUGUUUAAAACAUUGAAGUUGUUCCGAUAAUUUUAUCCCCCCGAAAAAGUGAAAAAGCUCCUGGAGAAUUAAUGUGACAAAGGAAAAAAAAAUUGUGAAUUAAUUAGUGCUUCCAAAGUCGUAGGAGUGUUGACCCGCGAUUUCUAGUGAAUUAUCGUAUUCAAAAGUCGACGACGGCUGAAACGAGUGACGAGUGAUCUCAUGAGGGCACUCAACGGCGCCCGAGUGACAAUUGACAUCCAGCAUUUUACCAAGUUAGAAUGAGGAGACAAGGCAGCAGUGAUAAUUACAUGCAUUGAAUAAAUAUAAACAAUUAGUGACUGUCGAGAACGCGAUUGAUCACAACUCGCUGAAGUCACAUGAAAUUCGCGACAAAUCGAUUGAUGUACUGACAAUCGUUUGAUCACUCAGUGACGCUGUUUUUCCAUUGUCAUAAUUCUCCCGGUUUUUUUUUUACUGCUCGUUCUAUUACUCCCGACGUGCGUCGGAGCGUUUUAUUUAUAAAGCCCGGGGCAUCAAUUAGAUUUGUCCUCGAGUGGUAUUAGACUCGAUGAGAAUAAUCGAGAAGUUUUCACCAACGGAAUAAGUGGAGUUUAUAGUUCUUUUGGCCUGAGUUUUAAUCAUCCCUGUCACCGCUGAAAAUGACGACCAUGGGGGUGACUGUGUACUGCAAUAGGGUGCAACUGAACGGUGGAGAUCAGGAGCAAUUGAUGUUGCUGAGAACUCUGCAGGACAACGAGAGCAAUAUCCUUGGAAAUCAGCAGCAUUUGAUUGUCCAGAAGGGCAUGAACAACAAUUCGAAUAUUAACUCGAGUGUACUACCCCCCUACGACCCCACUAGACUGAAAAAACACGGCAAAAACGGCCAACCGCCGCCGGUUGCAGUUGCUAAGCGAAAUGCGAGGGAGAGAAAUCGAGUUAAACAAGUUAAUAAUGGCUUUGCAACCCUCAGACAACACAUACCCAAUCACAUUGCCGCUGGCUAUGGUGAUAGGGGUAAAAAAUUGUCCAAAGUCGAGACACUCAGAAUGGCCGUUGAAUAUAUACGGGGGUUGCAGAGACUACUCGCCGAGGCCGAUGGUCUCGAGUACGAUCCCAAUGUGGCUAUUGGAAAUAAUGUCCCAUCACCCAGUAGCAGUAUCGUCUCCUCGAGUCACAAUGGCUCCGGGGAGAGACUUGCCCUUGAGGAUGAGGUCAAUGCUGAAGAGGAUGAUGGGGACAACCAACACGACGACGAGGAAGAGGAUACCAAAAGAAUUACUUUAUUGACUCGAUUGUCUCCGAAUCCUGCGACGACAUCGAUGUCUCCGAACGACUACUAUCAGUCCACCGGCGACGAGGAGAAUUUGGAGCCAGGAGUCCUUCAACGUACCACCAACAUCAAUCAGACAUUUUCAAGGCUCUCCCCAACUUCCCUUGCAUCACCUCAAACGGAAUAUUACACCCAGAACGAGGAGAAUCUUGAGCCAAGAAUAGUAUCACCGUACAGUGGUGCUGGUGACAGUGAAGAGGGUGGUACUAUUUAUGCCGCCAGUCCUGAGGGAUUUUCGGGUGCUCUUUACUACAAACAGGAGAUCACGGAGACUGGGGAGUUCAUGGAUGUUGUUAGCUGGUGGGAACAGGAACAGGGAAGACUGGUGCAUCACACUCAGCCACAUGCCCAACGGCUUGCCCAUGUCUGAUACAACUCAAGAGAACCGAGGAUCCUGAUCUCACCAAGAUUUAGUCAAUCACUGGGAGAAGAUUAAAACUCAAUGUUGAGACUACAGUACUUACUUCAGCUGGGGGAAUUUGUGUAUCUAUUGGCCAUCUCUGGAAGGUUUAUUGUCAGUGAAAAUGUCGUUGAGGCGAGUGCCUUUGAGAUGUGAUGGUAGUGGUAGAGAUACAUAUGAUGGGUUUAAUGUAACCGCUGGGUAAUGCGAAGCUUUUACAUUUCAAUGAGACUUCAAUUCUGUGCCUUACGAUGUAAGUUCAAUCUCUUUUUCCAGUUAAAUUUAUAUAGAAUAUAUGUAUACAUGUGUAUAUUAAGAAUUUGGGAUACGAGAAUUUUGAGAGAUCAUUGUUUUUUUCAUUAAAAAUGAGCCAAAAGUCGAUAUUUGUAGGGUUAUUUAAAUAUAUAAUAUGAGAGUGUCGUUUUGUGUGAUUUGAAUACAGCGGACUCUUAGUGCCUUGCGCAAUGAUUUGCGUUCCGCUUGAUAUGUAUUUUUGUAGUACAACGAUUACGACAAUAUCAGCGAAGAUGCGUCACCGAUGGAAAAUAUGUAUACGAAUAAAAGGGGGAACUAAUUAGCGGGCAAUGCUGAAAAUUUAAGAAUGAAAACGGUCUUAGUGGUACAAUGUACUUAUGCUUGCUCAAAAUGUGCAUUUCACGUCCGCAAUAAUUUCUCUGUUUUCUCUGUGAAUAUUCAACGAUUGAUUAUUGAUACAGAUUUUAAAUCUUGUGGAUGACGCUUCAAAAUCUUCGUGAGACACAAUCAAAAAUUGUAUAUACCAGUGCCUUAAAUUGAUUAAGAGAAUUAAUUACGUCGAGACUAUUUUUUGUACUUGUAA